CUUACGUAGAAACAGGUCGUGACUACACAUAUCUUUCUCACUUUAUGUGAUUGGAAAAUGGCUUCAAGGCCAAGUAAAAAGAGGAAAUUGACACCUCCGCCGUCAGAGGAUGACGGCGACUCACGGUCAAACGCCAAGAUCCAGAGGUCCUUUUUCCAGAAUGCUGCAAAAUGGGACCUUCUCGAAGAUCAAUACAGUGCGCGAAAGGGCAAGAAGAAAGAGAAAGAGAGCACCAGAUUACCGGUGAAACGGGAUGGGCGCAUCCAAGCCGUAUCCACGCCACUGGAGGACCUCAAGGAAAGCGAUGACGACUGGCUGGAAGACGAAGGAGACAGGUCUGAAGGAGACGAGGAGGAAGAUGAAGAACAGGAGCCGCAAAAGGAGCCUGAGAUUCCUGUGAAGCAGCAGAUUCGAAAUGCUAAAGAGGAUCUGGCGAAGUUGGCUACGGCACUGAACGAGGAACCAUAUGAAAAUGCAGGAGCGUUUAAGGCCUUGACCAAAAUCGGCCAGUCCAAGAUUCCUGCAAUUGUAACGCUCUCGCUAGUUACGAGGAUGGCCGUAUUUAAGGAUCUUAUACCGGGAUAUCGGAUUCGACCUCUGUCAGAAGACGGCCCAGGAGGCGAAAAGGUCAGCAAGGAGGUCAGAACAAUACGCGCAUUCGAGCAGUCGUUAGUGUCUAGCUACCAAGCCUACGUCAAAGAGCUCACGCGGUAUGCGAAAGCAAAGAAGAGCCAGCCUGGCGGAGCCGAACAUGCGACUGUGGCGAUAACGUGUGCAUCGUCACUUUUGAUAGCUCAUCCUCACUUCAAUUUCCGCUCUGAUCUCAUAAACAUUCUAGUCUGGAAGCUGAGCUCGCGUCGUCCGGACAAGGAUUUCGAAAAGGCUCUGUCAGCUAUCAUCAAACUUUUCACCGAGGAUGAGGAGGGCCGUCCCUCUUUUGAAGCCGUCUCAACUCUCUGCAGGAUGAUGAAGUCCAAGGACUACCUCGUUCAUGAGAAUGUUUUAAAUUUAUUCCUGCAUCUUCGACUUCUCUCGGAAUUCUCCGGCAAGGCAUCGCAAGACGCCGUCGAUCUACCGAUGGAAAGUCGCAAAAAACAGAAGAAAGUAUUUCGAACGAAACGGGAACGGAAACAACUCAAGGAAGAGAGAGCUCUGCAAAAGGAUAUGGACCAGGCAGAUGCGAAUGUGCUUCAUGAAGAGCGAGAUAGGAUGCAGUCCGAGUGUCUGAAGGCGGUCUUUGCAACAUACUUCAGGAUCCUGAAGCUUAGGACACCACAUCUUAUGGGCGCCGUGCUUGAGGGUCUCGCCAAAUUCAGUCAUCUCAUCAACCAACAAUUCUUCGGCGAUCUCCUCGAGGCCUUAAAAGACCUCAUCCGCCACAGCGACUCGGAUGAAAACGCCAGCGAGGACCCCGAAGCCGCAGCAGAAGCAGAUGAAGACGAGGACGGCGAUACAACCCGCAACCCAACCCGGGAAGCCCUGCUCUGCACCGCCACUGCAUUCGCCCUGCUCGCCGGCCAAGACGCGCACAAUGCCAAAGCAGACCUACAUCUGGACCUCUCCUUCUUCACAACCCAUCUCUGGCAAACUCUCCUCCCCAUCUCCCAAAACGCCGACAUCGAGCUCGGCGCGCGAUCCCUCCAUCUACCCGACCCCGACGCGCCAGGAUCAGCAGCAAGCCGGCUCCGCACCGACACGCGCGAGAACAAGGUGAACCUGCAAACGACGACAGUCCUCUUAAUCCGGUGUCUCACAGCCGCGCUGCUCCCGCCGUGGAACAUCCGCUCGACGCCUCCGCUCAGACUAGCCGCCUUCUCAAAGCAGCUGAUGACAACAUCUCUGCACGUCCCGGAAAAGAGCGCGCAGGCGCUCCUCGCUCUGCUGGCCGACGUGGGCAACACCCACGGACGCAAGAUCGCCGCACUCUGGAACACGGAGGAGCGCAAGGGCGACGGCGUCUUCAACGCGCUAUCCCAGACCGAGGAGGGGAGCAAUCCCUUCGCGACUACGGUUUGGGAGGGAGAGCUACUCAGACGGCAUUACUGUCCUAAGGUUCGGGACGCCGUGAAGAUAAUGGAAAAGAAUAUCAUGAGUGAGAGAUGAUAUGGGUAGGUGAAGAUAGCAGUAAGGGAAGUGGAGCGAAAACGAGGAGGCCAUCGAAGAUAAUAUAAACAUGGUCAGCCUAUUUAAGUUGAAGGCCUGAUGAUUAGCGUUGCAAUUCGCAAAGUUGGCGUAUCUUAGAUAUUCAUCUUACCACAUGUUC